AUUUCAAUAAUUAUUGACACAGCUGCUGCGUUCAGUGAUAAACAAGGUUUCGUCUAUUGAGCUUUUCAUAAUCAUCGUGUAAUUGCAUUAAGUAGUUAAUUGUAUCGCAACGUACGUGUACGGAAUACUGUGACAUAUAAAAUCAAAGUGGCACUGUAUAAUGACACGGCAAAUACAAGGCGGUGUUGUUUCACAUUAUAGAAUCACCACUUAUGUGCAAAUUACUGAAAGUUAAAACGCAGUCGCUUCCAUAGUUUAGUUUAGUGCUCGUGUGACCGCCGGGCAACUCGUAUCGUACCGUCCUUUCGUAACGCUAUUCACAUGUCGAAUUAUAUCUAGUUCCGGUGUCUGCACACAUCACUCAAACAUAUUUUCCUGAUACGUUUGUACGUCUGUUAUCAUCUCUCCUCGCUUGAUAUAAAAAGAAACUUAUCGAGUAUGCACACAUCAAGGAACAACAUAUUUAUUAGCGGAAUUGAUUAAGGCAGCGGAGCCUCGAACUGUAUUGACUUUACAAGUGAGUGACAGUGUGCUUCUCGCUCUGCGACCCGUAAUCUCGUCUCGAUAGGAUAGGAUUGCUCAGCGUCGAGACACAAAUCUAGAAAGAUAUUCGUGGAAGAGGAAUCUCAGUGUCGUGCAUGAGUGCCGUUUCAUCGGCGGCGUUGAUUCGAUAGUCGUCAUCGAGCAGUUGAAUGUGCGAGCGAGCGAGCGACACCAAAUUGGUGAUUUUAUCGACACGGAAACAAAAGACGAAAACGCUGACACUGGCGCAACGAUUCGAAACGUGAUGGUCAUCAAUGUCAUCGAUUCAUUAGCCGAGGUCACAUUGAAUACGCAGAACAAUGGAGAUACGCGUGCGAUACUUGUUCGCUAUAAUGCUAUGCAUUGCGAACAUGAUCAUUUACGGUCUGAAAGUGAACAUGGCGACGGCGAUCAUCGGUAUGGUGAAAAAAAAGUCAGGUGUACCAGAUUGGUCGGAUGAGUGUCCGGAAUUUGAUGAUCCUGCGAAUGCCGCCGAUAUCGACGGUCCAUUCGAUUGGACGGCAAGCCAGCAAGGUCUGGUCAUUAGUAUAUAUUUUGCUGGUUAUCUCAUCGGUAUGUUUCCAUCGGGGUAUUUGGCGGAUCGGUUCGAUACCAAGCUCGUAUUGCUAAUCUGCGUGCUGGCGAAUGGAAUUUUAACAAUACUGGUGCCGGUCGCGGCGAGCGAACUGUACGUGCUGUAUGUCGUAAGAUUUUUGACCGGCCUUGUGAGCGCGGCGAAUCUUCCUAUAGUAAACGUUCUUCUGGGAACAUGGGUCGUGUACGAGGAAAAAAGCACGUGGGUCGGCAUCAUAUACGCCGGAACGUCGCUCGGCACCGUGAUAUCUAUUCUUACCACGGGAUUGAUAUUAAAUUACGUGAGCUGGGAGGCUGUUUUUUACAUUCAUGGGACGUUACCAUUGAUCUGGUGCGUCAUCUUUUAUAUAUUUUUCGCCGGUUGUCCGGAGGAGCAAAAAUACAUAACGGAGCAGGAAAGAUCGUUCAUCGUGAACUCGUACGGCCAUCGUACGCCCGGCUCCUCGAAGAUGAAGAUCCCGUGGAAAAGUAUAUUUACAUCGGUACCAUUUUUGGCUCUGGUCGUUACGAAUACCUUAGGCAACUUUUGUUGGUACUUCUUGCUCACCCAGUUGCCGCUUUACAUGAACAAGAUAUUGCGAUUCGAUAUCAAGUCGAAUGCUGCUAUCGUUUGCACGCCGUAUCUGGUGAAUGCCUUCACUAAUCCACUAAUCGGAAGGGUUUUAGAUUGGGGACGGAAAAAGGGAUUCUGGUCGCAGACGGUCGCACGUAAAAUUGCGGUAUUCAUAAGCGCUAUACCACCUAGUAUCUUUCUCGUUAUAAUCGCGUACAUUGGUUGCGAUCGUACGACAUCGACCGUACUGCUAACUUUGAGCAUAGUAGUCUGUGGGGCUAUAUUUGUUGGCCAUCUUUGUAAUCAGAACGACUUGGCCCCGAAUUACGCAGGAAUUCUGAUGGGCAUUACAAAUACUCCAGGCACUAUUUCCGCCUUUAUUCUGCCACCGAUAGUUGGUGCUCUCGUAGCGGAAGGACACACUAUAGCGCGCUGGAGGAUUGCAUUCUGGAUUACCAUCGUCGCCCAGGUCUUCGCUUUCUUGGUAUUUGCGGCUUUCGGAUCAGCCAAAAUUCAACCGUGGAAUUAUCCGGUACCGGAUGUUGAAAACUGGGACGCCGACGAAGGGCAAGUGCAACAAGAACAGCGGCAGCAAGAAACGAAGACUUAAAUUGAGACUGUCUUUGUACAGCCCUUGGUAAAGAAUCAAGAGAAACAUAUUUUUUUUACAAGAAUCACGCCUAUUGCGCAGAUAAGAAAUGCUAUCUAGAUAAAUUGAAUAAGCACGAUAAAAUCAUUUAUCAUAUGAAAUGAAAUUAAGUUAGCGUUUUUUAUAUAACAUUCCACAGUCACGCUUAAAUCAAUUCCUUUUUUAUAUUUUCAUAUGUCUGGUUAUAAACCAUUUUUGAUGAAUCUACUGAGAUUAAUUAGCGGAUGUAAUACUUAAUUAUACCACUUUAUCUGUUUUAUAAUAUGUAUACGUAUAUUGGUAAUAUCUUGCAAAAUAUACAUUUCAAGCAAAGGUUUUGUUGAUAAUACACUUUGCAGUAUAUUAUCAGUGCCAAAGUUUUAACUGCCUUAUACGGGCGAUAAUUUACAAAAUAUAGAUUGUACAGUAUAUAUGCAAGAAAUUUAAUAAAUAACCGCAUUCA